UGUGUGUGUGUGUGUGUGUGUGUGUGAGAGAGAGAGAGAGAGAGAGAGGUUUGAAGUUGUGUUGGUGUGUAGAGUAAAUGAGAAAACAUGUCGGGACAGUACGGAGGAGAGACUCUGCCUGGCGCUGGGGCAAAUCUUCAUCCUCCUCAUCAUACACUUCUUCAUCAUCCUCACCUUCCUCAUCAUCCUCAGCUGUGUACGGAGGAGGACUUCUGUAAGGAUAGUUUCAGUUUCGGUGUGGAUGAAGAUGAGGAGGAUGAAGAUGAGGAGGACAUGGCACGUGCGCUGGACACUGACAAACCCAGGAUUCUGCUGAUGGGACUGAGACGCAGCGGGAAGUCCUCCAUACAGAAGGUGGUCUUCCAUAAGAUGUCCCCCAGUGAGACUCUGUUCCUGGAGAGCACUAAUAAGAUCUAUAAGGACGACAUCAGCAGCAGCUCCUUCGUGCAGUUCCAGAUCUGGGAUUUUCCGGGUCAGGUGGACUUCUUCGACCCCACCUUCGACUACGAGAUGAUCUUCAGAGGCACUGGAGCGCUGAUCUUCGUUAUUGAUGCUCAGGACGACUACAUGGAGGCUCUGGGACGUCUCCAUCUCACCGUGUCCCGGGCCUACAGGGUGAACCCCCACAUCAACUUCGAGGUGUUUGUGCACAAGGUGGACGGUCUCUCAGACGACCACAAGAUCGAGACGCAGAGAGACGUCCACCAGAGGGCGAACGACGACCUGACAGACGCCGGCCUCGACCAGCUGCACCUCAGCUUUUACUUGACCAGUAUCUACGACCCGAUAUUUGAGGCGUUCAGUAAAGUGGUGCAAAAGCUCAUCCCUCAACUUCCCACACUGGAGAACCUUCUCAACAUCUUCAUCUCGAACUCAGGGAUUGAGAAGGUGUUCCUGUUUGAUGUACUCAGUAAGAUCUAUGUGGCUACAGACAGUUCUCCUGUGGACAUGCAGUCAUAUGAGCUGUGCUGCGACAUGAUCGACAUGGUCAUCGACGUUUCCUCUAUAUACGGGUUGAAGGAGGAUGGCAGUGGCAGUGCGUAUGAUAAAGACUCUUUGGCCAUCAUUAAGUUGAACAACACCACUGUGCUCUACCUGAAGGAGGUCACCAAGUUCCUCACGCUGGUGUGUAUCCUGAGAGAGGAGAGCUUCGAGAGGAAAGGUCUGAUAGACUACAACUUCCACUGUUUGAGGAAGGCUAUUCACGAGGUGUUCGAGGUGACUGUUGUCCGGAGGAACUGUGUAGAGGAUGAACUCUACUCUCCUGGAGUUAAAGCUCCCCUGCUCAAUGGCACCCCUAGAGGCCCAGUGUGGCCUGCAGCUUUCCUUGGGAGGGGCGGAGCUUUUAAACAAGCGGACAAUACGUCAGCUUCGGGUGUGUCGGGGUGAACUCUGUAUCUGUAAUGCUGCAUUGGCAAGACGUGUGUGUGUUUGUGUGUGUGUGUGUGGCUACCAGUUUAGCAUCAAUCAUUUGGGAUCGAUCUCAGUCACCUGAGCGUGUUUCUCGAAGGAACUGAUGUGAUGCAUGAUGGGUAUUUUUUAUUUUUAUAUGCUAACAGACCUUUCACACUGUCAGUCAUCCAGCUCACAAAUGUAGCAUGUUCAUAUUUUACGUGUGUGUGUGUGUGUGUGUGUGUGUGUGUGUGUGAGAAGGUUGACUAAUCUGCAUUCCGUAUGACUGGAUUGGAUUAGAUCGGAUUUGGUACGUUUGCGUAAUAGCUGUUUGUCUUGUCAAGCUUGGAAAACGUCUCUGUUGUUUCUAUGGCAACGCACACCACACCACCUUUACCUACAUUAUAGCGUUUGGGAAUUGACAGUUUCUGUAGCAACAUCACAUUCAAAUAAGGGAAAACAGCCUGUUCUCUGGUUUCUAUAGUAACCGCUCAUUCACAAGGAGAAAAACCGCAGACUGUACCGUUUCUAUAGCAACAUAUCCAUUUGUCUCUAUAGUAACUGCUAAUUCAAAAUAAGGAAAAACAGCAUACACUUUCGUUUCUAUAGCAACAGCUUAUUCACAGCAGAAUAACAGCAAUAUGAUGCAUAACAAAAAAUGGAUAAAAAGUACGAUAUGAUGGUUCUGUAACAAAAUAACACUGUUUGGUGUGUGUGUGUAUAUGUGGUGUGUUUGGUGUGUAUGUGUGUAGUGGGUGAGUGUGUGUGUGUGUGUGUGUGUGUGUGCGCGCAUGCUUGCUCGCUGGCUCUCAGUGCUGAAGAAUCAUCACUAUACUGUCCAACGAUGUAUUUUAUUUUCUACACAACUUGAUAUAUUUGUAUUCUAAAUUGCAAACUCCUGCUUGUAUAAAACUGUGUGUGUGUGUGUGUGUGUGUGUGUUGGACAUGUUGUUGGUCGAUUUAUUUUUUUUACACAACCUGGUCAGGGAACUGAUUCUCGUCUCGAUCGUCUUUGUGUGAGAUCACAGCACUGAUUUCUGUCAGAAAAGGUGUCUGUGUGCCAAUAAAUUCUAUUUUGUUGAGAUCUUUAA